GGUACCCCGUGAUAUUGAUUACAACUCUGUCUAACGCUCUCAAGACGAUCUCGGUGCUUCUUCGCCCAACGUUGUGGCGGUUGACCACGUUUUGCAAGGAGCCUCACCCGUGUCACCACGAACGCCUUCCCAAAUCCAGGAUGCACGCGCGGGCAAACAUCGCCCCAAGAACGCGCUACUGGACAACGAAGAAGCGCGAUUGCAGGAAGUUCCGGAACAAUGUUCUUGUCGAUCAAAUCGUCCGGGGUUACUCCAGGUACCCCGCAACCCCAGUGCUUACCCGGUAAUAAAUUCGGGGCAUCUCCGCCGAGAGGCACGUUAGCUUUCGUCUAGCUACGUGCAUGCUUGCAGCGGUAUAUAAUGACCAGAGCUACUAUGGCUUCAAUUUUAUCCUCGCCAAGCACACUCGCGCAUCGUUCUCAUCAUCAUGAGCGCCCUCAAGUUCCUCGGCCUUGCUGCGCUCGCUGCGGCGGCUCCAGUAGAGGAGCGCGCAAAGAAGCCCAAGAGUUUUCUGAAAGAGCUUGGAAACUCGACUUGGAUUAUCGGCAAUGAGAUCUGGAAUGUUACGCAAAAUCGCCAGUAUGCCGACAAGCUAUGGUAUAAGGGAAAGGAUCGUGUUGGAGAUGCUGUUGGGCACUACGUUAGUUACAACGGUGCAGCAUCUGAUUUGAACUGGACAUCGGCCGCAAUUGUCGACUCGGACACCGAUUACAUCAAUGUCAAGUUUACGGCGAAGGAGGGUGACUUCCAUUGGGUGAUCUAUGAUGACCUUCCAGGCGCAUACCAGUACUUUGUCAACCACGACUUGCCUACGCUGGGUGAGUUCCGUACGUUAUGGCGUCUCGAUAACGCCUCGUUUCCACGUGGCCACAACAACGUCAAGGAUGGUGUGCUUCCCGCGUUAGAAGAAUACCGUCAAGCUACGAAUGUUCAGGAUGAAACCUGGCAAAAGGCUGACGGAUCGUUCUUGACUAAGUACGACUGGAGUGGAUUUGUUCGAGACCAGGAGUACUACGGUGUUUACGGCGACGAGGUGGGGAGUUGGUACCUCAACCCUGGGAAGGAUUACUACAAUGGUGACCAUCUCAAGCAGGAGCUUAUGGUCCAUCGCGAGUCUCAGACGGGCGAUGCAGUCCAGCUGAACAUGAUUCACGGCACACAUUACCAGGCCAUUGCGCGUGACUCGUUUGCUGAUGGCAAGAUCUGGGGUCCAUGGCUCUGGUACCUCAACGAUGGCAGCAAAGACGACGCCGCAGCCCGCUGGGAGAAGGAGGAAGCAGCCUGGCCGUACAAGUGGUUUGACAACAAGCCCUACCAAUCUCGCGGCAAGAUGCAAGGCAAGCUCCUCCUUAGCGACGGACGCCCAGCUGCUGGCGCUGCCGUCUUCCUCGGAGACAACCGCAAUACCACAGUGUCCACGCUCGACCAAGGCCAAAACUACUACUACACCACCUACGCCGACAAAGACGGCAAGUUUGACAUCCACGACAUCCGUACUGGCACCUACGCGCUCUAUGCCUGGGGUAACGGCGGCGCAAUCGGCGAUGUCACAACAAACUUUACUCAAAACGACGUCGUCAUCCGCGAGGGAAAGAACACGAACCUCAAGGAGAUGACAUGGAAGGUCACCGAUAGCGCAAAGCGCAUCUUCCAGAUUGGCGACUUCGACCGCACAAGCGAUGGCUUCAAGCUCGCCGACCCAGCCCACCCCUUCGAACACGCCCGCAUCUCCAAGUGUCCUGCAAAUCUGACCUACACCGUCGCUACCAGCUCCCCUCUUGACUGGUGUUUCGGUCAAUCUGCUCUUGGUACCUGGUCUGUUCUCUUCCCUUCGAAGAGCACCUCCGCCGCCAAGUUGACGGUGUCGCUGGCGGGCUUCUCUCAAGGCUCAAGCUGCGAUAUCCUGCUUAAUGACGUCAAGGUGGGUAACAUCACCAGCGCCAGUCUUUUGAACAGCCAGGAUACGUAUCGCGGUGCUACGCGGGCGGGCGAGUGGAGGUUGCUUGAGAUUCCUAUUGCGGAAGGCGCGUUGAAGGGGGAGGGAAGCAACCGCUUGGAUAUCAAGGUUACUAGGACGACGCAGUGGAGAGGUUGGCUUUGGGAUAGCUUGGUUCUGGAUGAGAUGUAGACGAAAAACUCAAUCGUAUCGCGCAUGCAUCGUGUAUGUUCUCAAAU